AUGAAUCCUCCCCUGCAUCUUGACUACUUCGGGAACUCGAUUAAUCCGAUGAGGACCUCCGCCCCGGCGGGGGAGCUACUGGGGAACUAUUUGGGGUGGGCGGCGUGGCGACUACAAGAGGCGGUGGUGGGGCACAGCGACGAGAAGAUCAGGGGGGAUUUUGUCGUCGUGGUUGGAGUCGCCGGUGGUUUACCGGAUGGAGCAGGUGUUCGAUACGGUUAG